AUGGCUGACGACGAACAGUAGUAAGUUUGGGGGUAAAGUAAUAUAAUUUUGGCGAUUUUUGAUUAUUCAUUUGGCAUUUUUUGGGUUUAUUAUGAAGCUUGAGUUGUAAGGUUACGUAAUUUUUUGAUUUCAGCAGCGAAGAAGAGGAGUACGAGGAGGAGGAAGAAGUCGAGGCCGAAGAGGUCCCAAAGUAAGAAAAUUUGAUAGAAAUCGAUAAAAAAAUGUGUGGAAUUCUCUAAAUCCGUUUGUAUAGAAAGUUAUGAAGACCCAUCUACACUUUCAACUAAAAUUUUAAAACUUGCAGACCUGCCGAAUCCAAGCCAGCGCCUCCUCCAGCUGCUCAUGAUGAAGAUGUUGAUGAGUCCCAACUCACCGAAGCCGAGCGGGCCAUGCUGGAGGCCAAACGACGCCAAAAAGACGAAGAUGAGAGCAAGCUUCAGGACUACGAAGAACGCCGGAAAAGCGAGCGUGAACGCGAGGAGGAAGAGUUGAGAUUAUUGAAGGAAAAACAAGAACAAAGACGGAUUCAGAGGGAGCAAGAGGAGAAGGAACAGGCUGAAAAGAGACAACAGGAGGAGGAGAGGAGGAAACAAGAAGAGGUGAGGGUAUUUUAGGGAUAAAAUACAAUCGUUUAUGAUUGAAAAAAUGUUUUUUCUAUUUUUUCAGAAUUUUAGGUACUAAUGGUCUAAAUCAAUAUUUUUCAGGAGGAACGCAAAGCCCGAAUUGAAGAAGAGCGCAAGAAAAAGGAAGAAGAAAAGAGAAAGAAGCAGAUGCUGAGCGCUGGCUUCGCCAUGCCUCAGGGCACCGGCCCCAAUUAUGUUUUGCCGGAGAAAAAGGAAAAGGGCGACAAAUUCGGAAAUAUUGUCCAAGCAAAACAGGAAAUGGGAAUGACCAAAGAACAGCAGGAAGAUCAGAAAAUGGCAUUCAUCAAACAAAUGGAGAACUCGAUCACUUUUGAUGGACUUUCUGGAGCUGAAUUGAAGGCCAAGGUUAAGGAAUUGCAUCAGAGAAUCUGCAAGUUGGAGACGGAUAAGUACGAUUUGGAAAAGAGACAUGAGCGUCAGGAAUACGAUGUAAGUGGAAGGUUUUUUGAAAGAUAAUUGACCAUUAUUUUACGCAGACGUUGACGAAAUGUCAGCGUUUUUAUUUUUGAGACAAAAUGUCAACUUUUUUAAUGAUUGGACGAAAUGUCAAAAAAAUUAUUGAUUUUUCGGAAAUCGAAGAUUAUGCAAUAACUUUGGGCAACAUGGCAAGCUAAUCAUUUUUUACUGCCGCAAAAUUGCAAUUUCUUAUUUUUUAGGCGAAAUGACAAAAAAAUUUUGAUUUUUUAUAAAAUUUUUUUUGUAAAAAUUUCUUUUUUUUAAUUAAAAUUUUAGCUGAAAGAAUUGAACGAACGUCAACGUCAAGUUGCCCGUAAUAGAGCCUUGAAGAAGGGUUUGGACCCCAGCGACACCGCCAACUCACGCUACCCGCCGAAAGUGUCGAUCUCCUCCAAAUACGACCGACAAAUCGACCGGCGCAACUUUAAGGAGAGAAGAGCUGUCUUUGACAAGGUAAAAAUAUUCUAAGAAAUUUAUGGAAGAUAUUUUAGCAUUGUAUUUUACAUUUUUUAUUCAAAUUUUUUUUUAGAUUUUGAUGACUAAAAUUAUUUUUAAGUUUUUAUUUUUUUCGAAAAAAAAAAUUAUUUUAUAAUUGUUUUAUAUUACUUUGACUUUUUAGAACAACGCUUAUCCCUGUUUCCCCAACGUCCCCCCGCCCCCCGUGAUCCUCGAAUUCAAACUCCAGCAAGGCUCUCAAGCCGGCGAUGGAGAUGGGGAACAAAAUAUGGAGGAGGUGGAGGAGGAAUACGAAGAAGAGUAA